AUGAUCUUAGAGGAAGGACAUAGGAGCCGUCUAAGUAUUCACCCUGGAGCCACAAAGAUGUAUAAGGACCUCAAGAAGAUAUUUUGGUGGCCUAAAAUGAAAAAAGAUGUUGCUAAGUUUGUAUUAACCAAAUCUGCUCACUUUAUUCCGAUAAACUUAACUUAUUCAAUGGAAAGGUUAGCUGAAAUAUACAUAAAGGAAAUUAUGAAGUUGCAUGGAAUCCCACCAAGUAUAGUCUCAGACAGAGACCUCAGUUUCCACUCUAGCAUUGGGAUGGACCCUUUGGAGGCAUUGUAUGGGAGAAGAUGUAGGACCCCUCUGUGUUGGUUUGAGACGGGUGAUAACCUUGUGUUAGGACCUGAGAUUGUUCAACAUACUAUUGAUAAAGUAAAAAUGAUUCAGGAAAAGAUGAGAGCAUUUCAGAAUAGGGUUGGUUGGGCAUUAAAAAUGCGAAAUCUUGCUCUUCGGUUUAUAGGACCUUACGAUAUUCUUAAACGUGUUGGUAACGUGGCAUAUCAGAUCGCGUUACCUCCUUCUCUUUCUAAUCUUCACAGUGUCUUUCAUGUGUCUCAACUUCGCAAGUAUGUUUUCGAUCUUUCACAUGUGAUUGAGUCAGACAAGGUCCAAAUAAAAGAGAAUCUAACUUUUGAGACCUUAACGUUACGGACUGAGGACUGA